UUCCUCCUCUCCUCUUUUUGGAGGACCACAGCUCCUCGGGCGCCGAAGACUCGGCGAGUGCCAUGGAGGCAGAAGGGCCAAUGGGGGGCUCCUCCUUGUCCUUAUUGCCCUCCUCCCUCCUCUCCUCCACUGUUUCCACUGUUUUUUUAUCAUUCUCCUUAACGUUGGCGUUGGUGCUAAAUUAUGGGGUGGUCGGCGGUUUGGCGGCCAGCCGGGCGAGUGACCGGAUCUACCGGCUUCCCGGCCAGCCCCCAGUGGGAUUCUCCCAGUACUCUGGCUAUGUCACAGUGAACGCCCGGGCUGGCCGGGCGCUGUUCUAUUGGUUCAUUGAAGCGCCGCCGGCCACCCAGCCCGCGCCACUUGUCCUCUGGCUAAAUGGUGGCCCGGGUUGCUCUUCGAUAGCCUAUGGCGCUUCGGAGGAGAUCGGCCCCUUCCGCAUCCACCCAGAUGGAAAGACCCUCUUCCUGAAUCCAUAUGCAUGGAACAGUGAGGCGAAUUUGCUCUUUUUGGACUCCCCGGCUGGUGUCGGCUUCUCCUAUUCCAAUACCUCGUCGGAUCUUUACACUGCUGGAGAUCAGAGAACAGCUAUCGAUGCAUAUAAAUUUCUUCUGAAUUGGUUUGAGAGGUUCCCCCAGUACAAAUAUCGAGAUUUCUACAUCUCUGGAGAGAGUUAUGCAGGGCACUAUGUUCCUCAAUUAUCUCAAAUUGUAUAUAGAAAGAACAAAGGCAACAAAAACCCAAUCAUUAAUUUCAAGGGAUUCAUGGUUGGCAACGGAGUUAUUGAAGAUUACCAUGAUUUUGUGGGCACUUUUGAGUACUGGUGGACUCAUGGCCUGAUAUCGGAUGACACUUAUCAUGAUUUGAUGGUCACCUGUGACCUUCAAUCAUCAACACACCCUUCAGCAGAGUGUGUGAAGGUUCUUGAUGCCGCCACUAUAGAGCAGGGGCACAUUGAUCCAUACAGUAUAUACACAAGUCCUUGCACUGACGCUACUUCUCUUAAGCGCAAAAUAAGGGGCCAUUAUCCUUGGAUGUCCAGAGCUUAUGAUCCCUGCACUGAAAAUUAUGCCAGAGUGUACUAUAAUCAUCCUGAGGUGCAAAAGGCACUCCAUGCCAACGUUACUGGUAUUCCUUACCCUUGGGAUACAUGCAGCAAUAUCGUUGGGAUUUACUGGGCAGAUUCUCCUAGAUCCAUGCUUCCUAUCUACCGAGAACUUAUUGCAGCUGGCCUAAGGAUAUGGGUGUUCAGUGGAGACACUGAUUCUGUUGUGCCACUGACUGCAACAAGAUAUUCAAUCGAUGCUCUCAACCUUUCAACUGUCAUCAGCUGGUAUCCCUGGUAUGACCAUGGAAAGGUCGGUGGAUGGACUCAAGUUUAUGAGGGCCUGACCUUUGUGACUGUUAGGGGAGCAGGACAUGAGGUUCCUCUCCAUCGCCCUCGACAAGCUCUAAUACUGUUUAGACAUUUCUUACAGGAUAAGCUCAUGCCAGCUGACACUGAGAACCAGACAACUGAAGUAAGAAGACAACAAGAGCUGCGAAACAUUCAUCUCAAUCUAGUGCCCCCCUUUGGUGCUUGGUGAAUAUAUAUAUAUAUAUAUAUAUAUAUAUAUAUU